UCCGCCUGUUGUUUUUGGGAUUUCGCUGCCUCCCGAAGGUCUUGGACCCUCCGGCGCUGGGGGACGAUUUUGGGCUCUCGAGCUCGGAUUUUGCGAUUUCUCCCUGGGGACUGUCGUGGCACUGCGUCCACUGUGGAUUAUAACUGCAACAUGACGCUGGAAGAGCUCGUGGCGUGCGACAACGCGGCACAGAGGAUGCAGAUGGUGACUGCCGCCGUGGAGGAGCUGCUGGUGGCCGCGCAGCGCCAGGACCGCCUCACGGUGGGGGUGUACGAGUCGGCCAAGCUGAUGAAUGUGGACCCUGACAGCGUGGUCCUGUGCCUCCUGGCCAUCGACGAGGAGGAGGAGGACGACAUUGCCCUGCAAAUCCACUUCACACUCAUCCAGUCCUUUUGCUGCGACAACGACAUAAACAUCGUGCGGGUGUCGGGCAUGCAGCGCCUGGCACAGCUGCUGGGAGAGCCGGCCGAGACCCAGGGCACCACCGAGGCCCGAGACCUACACUGCCUCCUGGUCACGAACCCUCACACCGACGCCUGGAAGAGCCACGGAUUGGUGGAGGUCGCCAGUUACUGCGAAGAAAGCCGAGGGAACAACCAGUGGGUCCCCUACAUCUCCCUCCAGGAACGCUGAGGCCCUUCCCAGCAUCAGAACCUGUGGAGUUGCUGCCAAAAAAAUAAAAAUAAAUAUUUGACCCCCCUCCCCCUAGAACAACCCUCCAAAACAACCAAAAACCACGAGACCACCGGGGGCGGAAUCACUGGAGGUUGAGGAGAGGAGAGGGGACGUGUGUGGCCACCCCCAGGGCGUGAGCCAGGAGCAGCGCCAGCGGCAGGCACCGAGAGGAGAAGAGGGGGACCCAGGCCAGCAGGAGAGGGUACCCUGGAACUCAGGCCUUGCGACAGAGCAGAAGCUGGAGCGGGGAGCGGCCUCCCCGGGCAUAGAGGGUCUGGACCCUACGCUGCGGGGCGGGCUUAGGCUCGUGGCAUCGCCACCUCCGGGACUGGAGUGGACUUCUGCAAGUGGGACGUGGUUGACUGAGGGUCUGCACCCUCGACAGGACUACCCUUCGGGACUCGGGAGUCGGGGCUGAUGUGGCUCUGUCCCCACGCACUCCCAGUUUGCAAAUGCUACAGUCUAUUUUGUUACUUGCACUUGUUUCUGGAACCACUGAGAGAUGGAAAGCUUACAAGAUACAUAUAUUUUUAUUUCUACUGUAACGGCCUUGUAAUAAAAUUCUGAAGCCUCUGG